AUGAUAGGAAUCCCAGGGAACCUAGCCAUCCUCUAUGUCUUCAUCAAAGCCAUCUGCCAGCAAAACACCACACCCAGCGAAAUCAUCCUGGGCAAACUUGCCCUUGCCAACCUGCUGGUGAUCCUGACGCGAGGAGUCCCCCUCACCCUCCAAAUACUUGGAAUCUACACCAUGUACAAUGGUUUGAGCUGUGGCAUCACCCUCUAUAUUUACUGUGUGAGCAGAGCCAUGAGCAUCUUCUUGACAUCCAUGCUGGGCUGCUUCCAGUGUAUCUUAAUCACCCCAUGUCCUCCGAAGUGCUUGCGGCUGAGGCACAGCAUUCUCAAGCAACUCCCUUCCAUCAUGAUUGCCCUCUGGUGCUUCAACCUUCUGGUUUGCUGUACCCGUUUGCUUUACUCUGUGCCUCAUGCCGGUACCAACUGCACCAAGGAAGAGAUCACAGUCGUGUAUGACUUGUGCUGUGUGGUGUUCCCCAGUUACCUUUUAUACUUUGGAAAUGGACUGGUGUUUGUCACCCGAGACAUUUUCUUCCUUGGACUGAUGACUCUCUCUAGUGGAUACCUCCUCUUUGUUUUUCAUCAGCAUGGGAAACUGAUGAAACGCUUGCCCAUGCUCCAAAUGAAGCAGACAGAAAUCCGAGCUACAAUAUCAGUAAUGGGUUUGCUGAUUAUGUACCUUAUUAGCUUUGGGCUGGACCAUGUUUUCUGGAUGGUCAACCUUUGUGUGGCUCCAGUCUCGCAGCAGUUUGCAGAUGCACGCAUGUUUUUUGACUCCUGCUACUCAGCCAUAAGUCCAUUACUGAUAAUCCUAACAAACAGGAAAAUUCAAGCUGGCUUAAAGUGUGCCAUGAAGAGCUAG